ACUUUCGUAGUCUUCAAAGAAUGUUUCACUGUUAGCUGGGUUGCACAAGAACAUCAUGCUAACGUAAUGAAGCUCGUUUGUAGACAUGGGACGAUGCCUUCACUUCCUCUGGUGUUUCUAGCUGUGAUACUUCAUUCUGCAAAUAAGGCAGACGGUCAAGAGCCGUUCGUUUGCAGAUCCCCAGCAAUUGCAGACAUCGUCGUUCUUCUGGAUGAAUCCUGGAGUGUCGGUUUGAUUAACUUUCGGGUGGUCCGUUCAUUCCUGGAAUUGUUUGUCACUGCGUUCUUGGUGGGCUCUGAUAAAACUAGAGUGGGUCUCGCUCAGUACGGCACUAAACCCAGAACCGCAUGGCAUCUCAACGCACUGAGCACCAAAGAGGCUGUCAUAAGUGCAAUCCGGGAAAUAAAGUAUAAAGGAGGAAGCACACGUACAGGGCUGGCAUUAACUUACAUUUUGGAAAAAUGCUUCACGGCAGAAUCCGGUGCUCGGCUGGGCAUACCCAAGGUUGGCAUCUUCAUUACGGACGGCGUGUCUGAAGAUGAUGUCCUUCUACCAGCAAGACGUCUUCGAGACGCAGGAGUUGAAAUGUUCGCUAUUGGUGUGAAAAAUGCAGAUGAAAAUGAACUAAAUGCGAUCGCCUCUGACCCUCCCCAGUCCCACGUGUACAACGUACCUAAUUUUAAAAUGCUGAGCACCAUUGUGGAAAGCCUGACAAGAACUGUGUGUGACCGAGUUGAGCAACAGGACAGGACCAUUCAAGGUUCUUCAGUGACGAGUCCCAGCACCGCACAGAGUAUAUCUACAGAUGAAACCACCAUAAUGAUGAUAGAGUCUACAGCGGUGACUACCGGCGCCGAAAACCACUCAUCUGAAUCUGAAGCCAGCACCAUGCUGAGUACGCAGUCGAGUGUGAUGGUUACAACUGGUUUUUCCACCGCAACCCAAGGUUCUACAACUACAUUAGAAGCUAACAAAGUGACGAUGGCUGAGCUCCUGAUGGAUUUCACCACAUCCAAAGGACAACAGGACACCUGUGAUGUAGAAUUCUCUCCUGCACGUGUCAUUGUGAGAUAUGGGGACCCGGUGACUGUGACCUGCCACACUAACCGCACGGAUUUCAGAGCCAUGGGCUGGGAAGCCUCAGUUGGAGCUGUGAGAGUAGAGGGCAGCAACUCGGCUGUGUGGAACGUGAGCAGCCUGACGGUGUGGGACGCCGAGCCCAAGUGCUAUUUAAACUUCAGGGCACCUCCUAAGCAGUGUGAUAAACGAGUGAACCUCACCAUUUACAAACUUCCAGAAUACCUCUCCAUUGAUGGUCCUGAGGUGAUAGAGAAAGGAAAGAAAUUUAACAUCACAUAUGAGGUCAAAGAUGUGGCUCCCAUUAACAACGUCUGGGUGAAGCUGUAUCGAGAUGGUGUCAUGAUUGAACGGAAACACCUGGGUCAAAACAACGAGAAAAAGCCUGAAAGUGGAAAUGUGACCUUCACCGUGUCUGCAGACAGGAAGGACCAAGGGUGGAAUUACACGUGUGUGGUGGAAUUUGAUUUUUCUUUUGUCAGAAUUGAACACUUCAACUCUUCAAACCUGCUAAAAGUCACUCCAUAUGCUUUUGACGAAGAACUUGAGAUUCUUCUUGUAAACAGCAGUGAGUAUAUUGAAGUCGGUGCAAGCUUUAAUGCGACUUGUGUUCUUCGUAAUUCCUUCCCAAUGGCGGACAUUCAAAUGCGGAUGCACUUCAACGGCAGUGAGUGCGAAGUUGAUGUAAAGCAAACACCUGAGCAGGUCUCGGCCACCGCCACGCUGGUUCAGCCCUCAAACCUCAAUGGGACGAUUACCUGCACAGCUAACAUGAGGUCUUUGAGCAAAUCCAGUCAGAGAAAUGUCGUGGGCUACAAAUUGCCAAAGCCAGUCCUUAAAAUGCCAAACCAUGCACAUGUGGGAGAACCUGUGAUGGUCAAAUGUGAAGUGAAUGAGUCCGACACAGCUGAUGUUGUCCUGUAUAUGCUUAUCCCAAAACUCAACAUUAAUGAGACAAAAGCAGCUGGGAUCCCUAUUGACAAGACAUUCAAUGCAACAAAAUCACACAACAACAUGAAGAUCAUCUGCGUAACGGAACAGAGAACUGCUGCUGUCCAAAAACAAGAGAUGAUGACCCUCACUGUUUUCUAUGAGCCGAGUGUUUCUCUCAACACUUCUGAAAACACAAUACGGAUUUCCCAUGGUGGUGACAUUAGCAUCCAGUGCAUUGCUGAUGGAAGUCCAGCUCCAGAGGUGACUUGGAACUAUAAAGAAGAACCCAACGUGCAGAUUGUCAAUGCCACUAUCCUGAAUGUUAAAACAGCAACGUCAAUGAAUAAUGGAGUAUAUAAAUGCCAGGCUAAUAACAAACAUGGAAAUGCUACCACCACAUUCACCCUUGAAGUCACAAGUACAAGCUCUUGGUUCAUCUGGGUCAUCGUAGGUGCCAUUCUUCUAAUAUUCUUAAUUGUUGUUGGUGUUGUCUGCUGCAUAUAUAAAAGGAAACAGAAGAGGGGCAGCUACAAGGUGUGCCCAAACGGGACUGUGAUUCCAAAUGGUGGACUGGAAGAAAUCCCCUUAGCUCCAGAACAGAAGCAAUCCAUGCAAAAUGGUGAGCUGUCAUAAAGAGACUUGCAGUGACAAGACAGGCGUCAACUCGGACACCAGCAGUCGAAAUUCCUCCUCCGCCUCAGCAACUCUUCUAUACUCAGUAGUCUGACUUAAUUGUGCUAAAUUCUCAAACUGUUUAAACGAAAGCGGUGGGUCCGUGUUGCAGUCCCCAAGUCCAGUUAUCCUCUCCAAAACAGGAAGGUUGAAGAACAACCUAAAAAAAGAGGGACAGGGAGACCAUUGCUGUAUUCUUGGUCAAAAUAAAGAGGUGGGCUUUUAGC